UUGUGUGCUGAGGCUGUGGUGAAUGAGAUUGAAGAAGAGUUCUUGUUUUGUAUCUCAGUUUCUCUCUUUUUACACACAAAUUAAAUUUAAACAAACAAACAGCAAGACGGGAUGGUCUGACUCAGUUUUAGCUAGUGUUUUAGUGCAGUUAUGUAAUGAACUGUAUCGGGGAUUCUUUGCCGAGAUAUUGGGGUGUUUUGUAAAUAUUUAUUUAAAUAAUUUGUGAGGAGAGAAGGACUACUGCUCAAGUGAGUAGUGCAGGGGAGUUGGAGACUGAGUGGACACCAGUCUCAUUGCCAGCUGGCUGAAAGAUUUCUGGGACUGACUUGCUGGCGAACUGGAUCAAUGAUGGAAUUACAAACAUUGCAGGAAGCCCUGAAAGUGGAAAUACAAGUCCAUCAGAAACUGGUUGCGCAAAUGAAGCAGGACCCACAGAACGCUGAUCUGAAGAAACAGCUGCAUGAACUUCAGGCCAAGAUCACUGCUCUGAGUGAGAAACAGAAAAAGGUUGUGGAGCAGUUGAGGAAGGAGCUGUUGGUAAAGCAGGAGCCAGAGAUCAAGCUCCAGACAGUGCAGGCAGUCGCAGACGGUAAAACCGUGCUGCUCACGACCUCCUGCCAGCCUCCACAGCAGCAGUCCACAGGACAUCCCCCUCAUAACCAGGCAGCUCCACAGAAGACACUCACCGUCACUCCAGUCCUUACUGCGAAGACUCUACCUCUAGUGCUUAAAGCUGCCACCUCCACCAUGCCUGCUUCCAUGGCCACGCCACGCCCUACUGUCGCCAUGGUCACUGCCAUCAGCAAUCCUCCCAGGCCCGGCAUGAACCCUGAAUCCCAGAGUACACCAAUCAACCUUCAGAUGGCCAGCAAACUGACUAGUCAGGACCCAGAGGCUACAGCACGGGUUGUGUCUAAGAACGUUAUUGUAGUGCAGGCCACCACCACUGCUGCUCAGCCUAUCAAAGUUCCCCAGUUUGUCCCUCCUCCUAGACUGACGCCUCGACCCACCUUUCUGCCACAGGUGCGUCCAAAACCCAUUCCCCCCAACAAUGUGCCCAUUGCUCCGGCUCCCCCUCCCCCCAUGAUGGCAGCUCCACAGCUGCUGCAGAGACCAGUCAUGCUGACCACCAAGCUGACCCCGGCAUUGCCUGCUUCAGCCGGUCCUAUUCACCAGGUGCGCAUCGUCAACGGCCAGCCAAUCCCCAAAACCUCAAACGCCACGGGAGCGACCACAGCCCAGCUGACAGGCAUUGUAAUCAGUGGACCCAUGCAAACAUUGCAGAUCAGCAGCUUGACCACAGACAUAAAGACUGUGAAAUCUCAGGGGGGUUCAGAGCAUGUGCUUAUCAGCACUCCUUCAUUGCCUCUUCCUCCUCCCCCAACUCCUAAGAUUAAGCGAGAGGAGAGUCCACAGAAACUUGCCUUCAUGGUGUCUCUCGGGUUGGUGACACAUGACCAUUUAGAAGAGAUUCAGAGCAGGAGGCAGGAACGGAAAAGGAGAACAACAGCUAAUCCUGUGUACAGCGGAGCUGUGUUUGAGCCAGAGAGGAAAAAGAGCGCUGUCACCUAUCUAAACACUCCGCUCCAUCAAGGGACGAGAAAGCGAGGUCGCCCUCCCAAAUACAGCAGCAGUGCGGCGGGGCCGGAGCUGGGCUGCCACCCCCUGCUCUCCCCAUCCAGCAGUCACCCCGCCUCCCCAGCCGCCGAGCGGCCCGAAAUCGGGGGCAACCCCCUCCCUGUCCACCCCCACUCUCUCCCUCAGCCCAGCCCCAGCUCCGGGGAUGGAGACAUCCAUGAGGACUUCUGCACUGUGUGCAGACGCAGUGGCCAGUUGCUUAUGUGUGACACUUGCUCACGCGUCUACCACCUUGACUGCCUGGACCCGCCCCUCAAAAACAUUCCUAAAGGCAUGUGGAUCUGUCCCAAAUGUCAAGACCAGAUACUAAAGAAAGAAGAGGCCAUACCAUGGCCUGGCACACUGGCAAUAGUGCAUUCCUACAUUGCAUAUAAGGAAGCAAAAGAAGAAGAGAAGCAAAAGUUGAUGAAAUGGAGUGCUGAACUUAAACUGGAUCGAGAGCAGCUGGAGCAGCGAGUCAAACUGCUUAGCAACUCUAUAACGAAAUGCAUGGAGACCAAGAACAGCAUCCUGGCCCGGCAGAAAGAAAUGCAGGCUUCGCUGGAGAAGGUGAAACAUCUGGUUAGACUCAUCCACAGCUUUAAUCUUUCUCAGCCUAUGGAGGUAGAGGCGUCACAGAACGACAGCGCUGAGAUCAAGAGUGACGUCCCACAGGAACCUAAGGACACUGUACACGCAUGUACCAAUUCCUCUGGGCCUGAAGAGAACCCAACGCAACCUGGAGGUGUUCAGGUUCCGGCUACUGGCACAUUGCCAGAGGUACAGGUCGAGCCUGUGGUAGGAGAGAUGGCGGAGUCAGCAACUGCAGUCAUCCCAGAAGCAAAGCCAGGGGAUUCAGGGGUAAUGGAGACCCCUAAGACAGCAGUAAUUAAUGAGACAAAGGUAGAAAAGGCUGUGGAGCCAAUGGAGGUGACAACGGAGGUCAAACCGAACGGUGGUGUGGACUUGCAGAGCCCUGCUCUGACCCAGGCGGAGAAGAGGAGGUGUCCUGUCAACACCACUGACUCAGAAAGUACAACUCCCAGUGCUACAAACAGCAGCGAAUGCGAAGAAGCGUCCAAGAAGGAGGUCGAGCAACCAAAGGACGUGGACCACAGCAACAGCACCAACAACGGCAAAACCUCAGAACCCUCCCAGCAGCUGUUGCCAGCCCCACUUAACAAUGUGGAAGUCUCCAAAUGAUGCCCAGCCUUGUCAGAUCAUUUGUCUUUCUCCUAAACAUUUAAAACAACUUUUACUGCACCCUGCUCUGGUGCACCAAGUUGCCAAUCUAUAUAUAUAUAUAUAUAUUAUUCAUAUAUAUAUAAACGCAAAUAUGUUUUUUUUCUGUGUAAGAUGAGACUGUGUCAACAGUGCUUCUACAUCCAAGGUGAACUAUCUAGUCAAGGUUUUUAUCAACCAGUGCACCCAAACGAGUGGGUGUUGAGUAAGGGGGCUUAUAAUAAUACAGUGUCAUGCCAAUUAGUGGAUUAUUUAAAAACAAAUAAUAAUAUUAUUAAUAAAAUUAACAAAGAACUAAGUGAGUAAUAAUGAAGGAAGAGGAUCAUUUAAUAUAUCACAUCACACCAGUGUGUGCCUGCAACAGUUGCCCUUGAAACUCAUGGGGAUUGUUUCUUAGGUUGUCUUAUAGUUUUAUUUUCUCUGGGAGGAGGGUGGCAAGGUCACACAUGUCCAAAGACUGCAUGCUGUGCCCACCCCCCGUAAGUCUUCAGCCAGACCUGAGAGGACCCAUCCAAAACCAAAAGCUUCUUUUUUAUUUUUUCCUUAGCAGGACAAGUUUUAGCAGGACAGUAUUCGCCAGCAUUGGGAAGCACUGAGGCUUUUAAAGUUGUUGGCAUCUGUUAGACUAAAUCAUGACUGAUUAGGACUGUAACAAUGCAUCUAUCCAUUCAUCUCCCUCAUGUGACCGUGUUGUCAUUUCAGAGUGAGCUGUAGAAGGUAAGGGAUAUGGCUCAGUAUAGAUCCAUAUCGAGUAUGCAUACACCUCCUCAGACUGUACAUCGGGAAAGCGGUAGGCAGGGCUCUAUAGUGAGGUGUGGGCUGGGCUGGAGAAUAUGGUUCUGUGUAGUAAGUCUUGACUGCACCCUUAAUGUUAUAAAACAUUACAGGCUCCCUAUGUUGAGUAGAAUAGGAAAAGGUGUCCAUUUCUGAAGAGUAUUUUGUCUUUUUUUAUAGGAAAAUGUAUUCAGGUCUUCCUAGUCUUCACAAAAAAAGUGCUUUUCUGUUUCUUGAAACAGUAAUUUGUUAUUGAAGGUGUUAAAACGGCAUACUUUAUGCAAGCAUCUCUCUUUUUGCAAAGAGGGAGUGUUGCAUAAUGAGUGUAUGUUUAUUUUUUUAUUAUUCUAAACUGCCAAAUGCUUUUUUUCUAACUCCAGAAUGAUAGAAACAUUAGCAGAUUUUAUGCAUAGUCUAGGAAACAACAAAAGUGAAGCCCCCUUCCACCAAGUCACCUUGUAUGUAAACCAUACUUAACAAUAAUAUUUCACAAUUUGCUGUCUUAAACUUGAGGGUUUGAUGUUUGAGCCAAAUUUAUUAAUAAGACAAAGACAGAAAACCCUGAAUUUAAAGCACAAGCUUAUUGCAAAUAACUAAAGCAAACGCACUAAAUACUUUUUAAAUGACUUUGUUACUUAUGGCAAAGCUUAGUGAACUAACCUUCUGUCCUUUCCUCAUCGUUGUGCUUGCCAGCGUUUCUUCAGUAUGGAGAACGUGUAAUGAAGCUGUGAUGCUGAUUUACCUUGCGAGUGGAGGGUUCCUCUGUAAGGCUUUAUUUCUAAUCACUUCAAGCCUUUCAUUUUGCCAUUUUUGAGACCAAAAUAUCAGACCCAAAUUUGACCUGUUAGCUCCCCUUUCAUAUUUCUUUCUCUCAUAUUCAUUCCUGAGUUGUUCUGGUUUAACCUGCGUCUUAAUGGUACUGCACAGUUGGCACCACAAACAUGUUUACAUCACUUCUUCAUUCCAGAUUUGACAUAUCUUCACAGAGUCUGUCCUGAGCUUCACUUGACCUUUCCGUAUUGACAGAACAUCAACUAUGUUUUGGAACAAUAAUUAUCAAGACUCAAAAGUGCUUCUAUUUGUUACACCAUGUAAAAUCUAUUGCACAGUUACUUACUGCAGGACAGGCCUAUAUAGUUCAUUCAGACUGUUUUACGAAGAUGUAACCAAACAAACCUAUUUACAGGUUUUUUCUUUUUUUCUUUGUCCCUCGUGUUCGUGUCGUUCGUUGUCCCUUUGAAGGCAUGCUGCAGUUCCUCCACUCUACUGUGAAACACUGAUCAUCUUUGAGCAUUCCUUUAAUAAACCUAUGUUACCUUCAGAGCUGGGUCUGGGUAACAUGGUGACCUUUCUUCAUAUCAUGGUAGGCUUAUUAUCAUACUACAAAAUCAUGUAACCUGAAAGGGCAUUUUAUUUAGGGCCUUCCAAAACUGUCCUUGUCAAGCGUGUGAGAGGGUUUUGUUUCCAAAUGAAACAACGUCCACUCCUUCCUGUACAGGUGCCUUUUUUACAUACAGUAUAAUCCCCCACAUUUCCUCCUCUGUGUUACCAUUAGAUCCCCACAGAUGAGCUGAAGUAACAUUUACUCUGAGUCCUCAAACUCCAGAUCAGAAGCACAGCUGCAGACUGUGUUUUUACUGGGUAAAUCGAGCAAAUCGAGUGUAAUAAUGUGGUGUUGAUGGCGUGAUUGUCUGUCUGAUUUUUCUCUGCCUGUCAGUGGACUUACUUCGAUGUUUCCCAUUUGCGCCCUUUUAAAAUGGAAAAAAAAUGUUCCGCUAAGGAGUUGCCUUAAGAGGAUUUUUUGUUAUGAUUUUAAAAUUGUUUUUAAGAACAAAAGUGUAUUUAUCAUAGUAAUUGCACAAGUUAAAUUCUGUAAAAGAAACAUGUUCCUUAUAUUGUGAAAAUAUAGGAUUAGUCAUUUUUUCAGUGCUGUCAUCUGUGAUGUGUUCCAAGAGUAUGAAAGCCUACUUUUUUAUAUAUAUUUUGUUUUUGUUUUGGAUAUUUUUUGUUGAAUGCAAAACAUGCAGAUUUUUUCAAUUGUUUAUGCACUUUCAGCCAAGAUACCCUAAGUAUUAAAGGUACAAAAAAGAUUGUCACACUUAAUUUGGGAAGUCAUACUUUACCAUCUGUGCUGCCCACCCAAGUUUUCCGAAAAUCACACCUGUGCAUAAUGUCUAGCAUCAGUCGGCCCACCAUGAAAAAAAGGCCAUCAAAUAUAUAUAACUUUUUAAGUCACACAUUAGGACUGUUUUUGCCUGUACUUUUGUUCUUGCACACUAUUCCUUAGUCCUAAAUAAUGACAAACAGCUCCCCUUUCUCUCUGUCUGUUCUCUCUUUCUGUCCAGAAGGCAAAACAUACUUACUCAGCUGAAUUCAGAAUAGACUGGCUAUACGUAGAAUUCACAAACACCACAUCCAGUCAGUUUAACAUAAAAACAUACAAUCUUAUGCAAAUGUUUAUAAAAAUGCUUUGUCAUAUGUUUAUAAUAUGCAUUUGGUUUUGAGUUUAUUUUGUACGUUUUUUUAUUUUUGCAGAAGUGUCACUUUCCUUUUCAUAUUUGUGGCAGAAAAUGAAAAAACAGGUCAUGCAUGCUGUGUGUCUUCACGAACAAAUUUCUACACUUCAUAAUGGCAUCUCUAGCAAAUGUAGUUAAUCAGUUACACUAAAACAUUUGUGGACAUUUGAGCAUUUGUUUGAACAGUAUUGAGAAAUGGAUACAAUAUAAGUAAACAGAUCAAACUGAAGAAAUGUCUUUAAAUAUUUUGUACAUUUGUAAAAUGUAAUGAAUCGAAAGGAACUUUUCUUGUUAGAACAGAGUUAAAACACCCUAUGUACCUGAGCUGAUCAUCUACAGCUGAUGUGCUGCAUCUGAUUCUAAUUUUAGGCAUUUUAAGUAGUAAUAUUUUUUUCUCAAAGGGAAAUGCAUUUCUAUUAUCUGCAUUUUAUAGUUAAUAUUUAAAAGGUGUUUCUUCAGUUAAGAUUAUUUAGUUAUGUGCAUUUUAUAAUAUUGUUCAAAUGAAUAUGAAAUGUCAAUCAUUUUAAAUGGCAAUGGGUUUAUUUUUCUUCUUUGUUAAUUGUGACUGUACAUGUACACAGAAAUCAUCCGUAUGCCAUCUAUAUUCUGCUUUUACACCACAUUAGAUUUUAGUUGGUUUGAACAACUGAGAAAGAGAGGGGAGUAAAAGAAAAGGAAAUGUGGGCUUAUGUUUUAAAUGUUUAUGGUUUGGAUGGGGUUUGUGAGCAGGACACAUUUACAUUAUAGAGUCUGUUUACCCAAAGAGAUUGCAGUUGUACAUUUUGCAGAUGUACUGUUAGGAAGCCUUCUUUUAUAUGCAUUUUAAAUACAUAUCAGUGACAUGUGGAGCCACUGUUGAUUUCUGCUCUGGUUACAGCAUCAUGUAAGGCUGUUUUUUGUUCCUCCCCUGACAUUUUCCAAAGCUGUAUCAUUUGUGUUUUACUAUGUUCAGUAAGUGCGAGAAUAGGGACCAUAUUUAUGCAGAAAUUGGAUCAUUCAUAGACUCAUUCCAGUUGUACAUCUCAUUAUUUUACAUCCUUCUAGUGAUUAGAUGAUCCAUAUUCUCUUGACUGUGCAUAAGAUUUCUUCAGUGACUUCAAUGUUUCAUUGUAGUUUUAGUUAUUUUUUUUUUAUAUACUCAGUCAUGAUUGUGGCCUUCUGGUAUUGUUUAUACAUUUCAUCUAUACAGUUGUAACUUCCCUGGUGUUGUACACCCUUAUUGUCUAUUGUCUGUAUGUAUGUAUGUAUGUAUGUAUGUGGGGGUAUGUGUGUGUUUUGUGUUUUACCUCAUCUGCAGUCAACUGUUAAAUUGGAGGACUUUUGUUUACGCGUGCAAAAAAAAAAUCAAGGGAAAAAAAAAAAAAAACUUCCACUAAUGAAACACAAAAGAGGAUGCAUUGUAGCGAUUUGAGUAAUUACAAAAAAAAAAACACGUUCACCUGGUGUGCUGAACUAUGUGUAAAUUGUUUAUUACACAAUAUGAAUAUUUGUAAAAUUGUUUGUAUUUUUUCAUAAUAAUUUUAAAAAGGAGUGUGUUUAUUUUUUGACUUCUUUCUGUUACAGAGCUCUUGCUUUGUGCGUUCGCCUGACAUUGUGAGUGAAUCGGUUGGUUCUCUUACCUCUCUCCUGUAUUUGAGCCUGUGCUGAGUUGUUUGUAUGCAGUGUUUAGAAAUACUGUAGGGAACGUAAGAAAACAUUGAUAUUAGGAGCAUUUGAUCAAUUUGUAUUUAUUUAUUUUAUCAUUUUGUUAAUAAAUUGACCAAGAAACAUA